CAUUCUCCUUCUCUCUUUCUUCUUCAACCCUUUGGGUUUCCCCUGUUUGGGUAAUUUUAUCGGGAAAAUCCAACGGAAAAAGAAGAAAUUUAUCAUUACACCAAUAUAUAUAUUAUAAGUAUAUUUAUGAAGAUAUGGGAAGAGGUAGGGUUCAGCUGAAGAGGAUAGAGAACAAGAUCAACAGGCAAGUUACGUUCUCCAAGAGAAGGAUUGGGUUAGUGAAGAAAGCUCAUGAGAUCUCUGUGCUCUGUGAUGCUGAGGUUGCUUUGAUCGUCUUCAAUCACUCAGGAAAGCUCUUCGAAUAUGCCACUGAUUCUUGCAUGGAGAACAUUCUGGAACGCUAUGAAAGAUACCAUUAUAUUGAGAGGCAGCUUGCUGGAAACGAUACUGCGACACAGGAAAACUGGACCAUUGAGUAUUCUAGACUGAAGGCCAAGAUUGAUCUUUUGCAGAGAAACCAGAGGCAUUAUAUGGGAGAAGAUCUUGCUUUACUCAACCUCAGAGAGCUUCAGAGUCUAGAGCUACAGUUAGAAACAGCUAUCAAACAUAUCCGUACACGCAAAAACCAGCUCAUGUACGAGUCCAUUUCUGAGCUUCAGAAAAAGGAGAAGGUGAUGCAGGAACAGAAUAGCAUGCUUGCAAAGAAGAUAAAAGAGAGGGAGAAGGCAGCAGCAGGAGAGGCACAAGAAGCACGAUGGGUGCAGCCAAGCCAUGAAGCAGCAGAUCCUAAUCCUUCUUUUUUAUUCCCACACCCUCUUCCCACUUUAAACAUCGGUGGUAAUUACGUUGAAGAAGAGACUGCAGCGGGAAGGAACGAUCUUGAUCUGACGCUGGAGCCACUGUAUGGCUGCCACCUUAGCUGCUUUACUCCCAGAUUAUAAAUUAUAAUUAUAAUUAUAAUGGAUUUGGCUAUCCAGGAUUGGCUUUUGACUUGUUCUUUCACUUCUUUUACUAUUUAUGUUAUUUUGUUUGUCUAUUUUGGAGGGUUUU